AUGUCUGCCUUGAAGGAUACCCCCAGAAUACAGGCACUCAUGCUGACUGGGCAUAUCCCUAUAUUAUCUAAUGGGAGCAGGGACGUGACUGAACAGCCUACCGACAUUGAUUUUCAACUGCUCGUUCAAGUCCCCCAUUGGCGAUUGCGUCACUUUGUUCUCGGCAAAGGGCUCAGGAUACGCUGUCGGAAGUCCUCACCUCCCGUACAUCAAUUUGUAGAAUUUAGAUUCCAUGGCGACAUCAGCUGGAAUGGAGAUCACUAUGUGCCAAACGGUAUCAACUGGUACAUACGAAACUCGAGGAGCACGCUUCGAGUGUUCUCCACUACUCGUGUUGACUAUCACCCUACCAUGCUUCCUUUACCAAGGAGAAAUGGGCUCCUCUCCACGGAAAUUCUCGACCUCGGUCACGAUAUCCCCGCACAUACCGCCCUUGCAGGUGUAAAAGAACUGAUGUGGCUCAGGGCUAACUUUUCAUUCGGUGGGCGACAGUUCAUUAUACCGGUGUCCCUGAUCUCAAGGAUGAAGAACCUUGUUCACCUUGGUAUUGACGCUGGGUACUAUUAUUGGGAUCGCGAUCUCGACAGUUGGUUGAAGCUUUUUCCAAACCCCAGCAUACCCACCGAUACGACCCCAUCCUUCUCGACUAGCCUCAGAAGGUUGACUAUUAUCGGCUAUUAUAGCAUAAAGUACCCGAUACAGUUCGUACAGAAGCGACUUCAGAGUGUGUUUGAGGACGAGGUUGAAGUCCGUCUCUAUCCGUCUCUUCGCGAAUAUAAGGAUGAGGUUGUAAGUCUCAAAGCACUUUCUUUUUUUAUCUAUUCAUCUGAUCUAUCACCCCAGGCUCUCAAGCUCAUACCACGGGAAUGUACAAUUUCCUCGUCGAUGAUCAUCGAUGAUUGGUUCACCAUGACCACUUUGGUCAAUCAAGCGCAUGAGCAGCCUUCUACUUCUUUGGCAUCCAAACUGGCGCCAACACAAGCUUUUGGUCAAGAAGUGGAAUUAGAUUGA